AUGGUCUCGAGACAUUUGUGCAGCAGAAUUGUAAAACAAUUCUGCCUUAUUCAAACAAACACGUUUCUUAAAACUAGUUCGAAUGCCGCAUAUUAUCGUCUAACUCAAGGAUACUUUCAUUCGUGGCCGGAAAACAGGACACGUCCACAAUGGCUUCGUCCUUCGCUCCAGUGCCGGCAGACCCGGCUCUAUUCGGCGGAUUCCGGCAACGCACAACGAAAAGCCGGCAACGCACAACGAGACCAGAGUAUCGCCACGCCGCAGCUACUGACCAAACUAUUCCCUCAGACGGCCGUUGAAAACGUGGAAGAUGAGGCGCGGCAAGAAAAGCAACGGAAACAGGAAGAAGACGAAAAGAAGGAAAAGGAAUCGUCCUGGAAACGGAUGAAGUUUGGAUUCGUCUUCUUCGGCUUUUCGGUGUCGGCUUUCUGUGUGUAUUCGGUUUGGAUAUUCGGCGCACCCGAUCGGGAUGCGGAGGGCAACCUUAUCGAGGACGAGUUUACGGGACUGCCAACGUUUCAGCAGUACUGCAAACGGAUGUGGAAAUCGAUGACGUACUACCAAAAAAUGAUACAGGAACCGUCUCGCGAGAAACUCCUGCCGGACCCGCUGAAGUAUCCGUACGCUCAACCACCGUACACGGUCGUGCUGGAAAUGAAGGACGUUCUAGUGCACCCGGAUUGGACCUAUCAAACUGGGUGGCGAUUCAAAAAACGUCCCGGGGUGGACAAGUUUCUGGAAACGCUUGCGGCCAAUUUUGAAAUUGUCGUGUUCACGGCGGACCAAGGCAUGACGGUGUUUCCCAUUUUGGAUGCCCUCGAUCCACGCGGUUACAUCAUGUACCGUCUCGUGCGCGAUGCGACGCACUUUGUCGAUGGGCACCACGUGAAAAACUUGGAUAACCUCAACCGUGACCUCAGCAAGGUUAUCGUUGUCGAUUGGGAUCCGAACUCGACCAAACUGCACCCCGAAAAUACGCUCAAUAUUCCCCGAUGGACUGGCAACGACGAUGAUUCGGGACUAUUUGACCUGAUGGCUCUGCUCGUAACGAUCGCCACGACCGAGGUUGAGGACGUGCGCGAUGUGAUGACGUACUACAAAUCUUUCGACAAUCCGUUGGCCAAAUUUCGAGAAAAUCAACGCCUACUUGCCGAACAGCUGGCGGAGCAGGAACGGGAAGAGAAGCAGCGCAAUCUGCCGGCGGUACAACGAUGGAGACCCAGCUUCCUUGGCGGAGGCCGUUGAAUGAGUGCGAACACGAAUAAAGCUCAUAGGAA